AUGGUGAGGUAUCACAUAAUCGUGGAAACGGAUAGCAGUGUCGACAAAGAAAAGAAUAGUGGUCGUAUCGAAGAGAGUUUUCAGACCGAGAGUUCGGGGUUUGGCGUCAAAUAUUGCAGCUGGUCAAGCGCUGCGAAGAGUGUAGGAGACAUAUUUCUACCGGUGGAGAACUGGGAACGAGAUUCGAGUUUGGGAGGUCAGAAGGAGAAGGAACGGAGAUUUAGCGAAGUUGCUAGUAAGGUCAGUGAAGGCCGAAUUAGCAGACCGGGAGAGGGACGAUUACGAGCGACGAGCCUCUCACAGCAGCAGCUAGUGACUGGUGAGAGUGCCGGUAACGCCAACCCCGCCAGUGGAAUCAGUUUGGGGCCUGGGAACUUUUUGAGCAGGAGACGUAGAAGUACACUUUCUGGAGAAGCCAGACCUGUGGAUCCAGCUAUCCAUAUUGCAAGAACAAGAAAAGAUCAAAGCGGUCCGAAACCAGGGUCGAAGGAGUACUAUAGUAUCCAUACCUCACGGGAUUAUAGAUUUGGCCGAGUAGAGAUUCAGGGGUUUGACAACGAAAUGGCCAGUGCGAGUGUCACUAGUACCACAGUGGCAGAAGUGGCACAAGUGGCACAAGUGGCAGGGUCGAGCAGUGUUAACGAUGAUUUAGUUCCAGUUCCAGAAGCUAAGACGACUGCUACUCUGAAAUCCACCUUCAUGGGAUAUGGAGUGGUCAGACUAUACAGAGAACAGGACGAAGGAGAGGAGGAGACUGCUGAUACUGAUGAUGCCACUGUUGUAGCUAUACUGGCUGUUCCAGGAUAUAUGAGUACAGGCGAUUUACUGGAAUAUCUGGGAGAAGAUACCAGGAAACGCAGUUCACAUAUCCGACUGGUCACCAGCAACGGUGUGCCUAAUAGAUAUAUGGUGUUGAUUAAGUUUCUGGAUGCUAAAUUUGCAACCGACUUUUAUCUUAAUUAUAACGGAAAAGUGUUUAACUCUAUGGAAGCAGAGACUUGUCACGUUGUUUAUGUUAAGAGCGUGCAAUUCCGGUCUCCUCCACGACGAGGAGACGGCGACGAAAUCCCUUAUUUGAUCAAAGAUCCGUUUACCGGAAUAGGAAUAGGAGCCGAAACAGACGACAAAACGGCAACCGAGUCAUCAGCAACGGCAGUAUCAUCAUCUCUAGUAUCAAAUUCUGCAUCAACAUCAUCAGCCAUUCAACAUAAUAAACUGUCGUCGCUACAAGAACUCCCCACCUGCCCAGUGUGUUUGGAAAGAAUGGAUGCGACCAUCACCGGACUGCUGACUAUUCUAUGUCAACACACGUUUCACUGCCAAUGUCUACAGAAAUGGGGCGACUCGUCGUGUCCCGUGUGUCGUCAUACAAACGCUGAUUCAUACGGAACAUACGAGCAAGCCGACAGCAGCAGUGCUCUGCCUGCUCUGUCCAGUAAGUGCUAUGUUUGCGAAGCAGGAUCCAAUCUAUGGGCAUGUCUUAUUUGUGGUCAUGUAGGCUGUGGUCGGUACGACAAAGCCCAUGCUUACGACCAUUAUGUGGCUACAGGACACUGUUUCUCCAUGGAUAUCACUACUCAAAGAGUAUGGGAUUACUCGUCGGACGGCUAUGUCCACCGACUGAUUCAAAACCAGUCUGACGGCAAGCUCGUCGAGCUUCCAUCGGGGUCUUCGUCUACAGCAGACGGUAAAAAGGACAUUGAAAACGACUUGUCCCUACAGUACACGUAUUUAUUAACUUCACAACUUGAGUCACAACGAGAGUACUAUGAAAGCUUACUUGCCGAAGCCGAGGGUGCAUUACUGCAAUACAGGACACUCGACGACCGAAUUGAUCGUAUUAAGCAAGAAAAUGAGGCCAAGUUCCAGACCGACCAUGCUCGAUUACUUGAAAAAGUGAAAACGAUCUCUGAAUCCGUGACCCAAGCCAAUCGGCAAAUCGAAGAAGAAAAAGCGUUCAGCCUCGGUUUAGUGACCAAAGUGGACAGUCUCGUUGAAACAAUCAAACAAAAAGACCAGGAAAUCAACGACCUGAACGACCAGAUCCGCGAUCUCAUGUUCUUCCUGGACGCCAAAGAAAAACUCGCCAACGCUGACGAAGACGUGCAACAAGGAACCGUCUCAGUGGCCCCCGCACCCUCCAAAAAGAAACCCAAACGCAAACCCAAAAAAUAG